UCUAAAUAUAGGAUAAAGUGAGUUUAUUAAUAUAUGAUGAUACUUCAAAUUUUGGUUUAACACUUGAGUUAACAGAGGGACGUUCUGGACAAAAAUUUACAUGGAUACAGAGAAUAAAUGCUGCUAUUGAGGUUGCCCGGGGUAUUCAAUUUCUUCAUACGGGGAUGGUUCCCGGUGUGUAUUCGAAUCAUCUGAGGAUAACAGACAUUCUGUUGAGCCAUGACCUUCAUGCAAAAAUUAGCAAAUGCAAUCUCCCUUUGUUGACAGAAAAUAAGAGACUGGAUGACGUGGCAGUGUCCUCCCAUGGAUCAAAGGAAAACUGUGGAUCGAUGUUAAGAUACGGGGAGAAAAAUGACGUCUAUGAUUUUGGUGUAAUCUUACUUGAGAUCAUUGUGGGCAGGAUGAUUGUCUCUGAACAUGAUGUCGGUGUCUCCAAAGAUAUAUUGUUGGUAAGCCUAUCAGCAGAUGAUAAAGCUCGUCGGACUAUAGUCGAUCCAGCAGUGCACAAGGAAUGCUCGGACGAUUCGCUGAAAACCCUGAUUGAGCUUUGUGUGGGGUGCUUGUCAAAUGAACUAUCUGAGAGGCCUUCUGUUGAAGAUUUGAUUUGGAAUCUGCAGUUUGCAGCUCAAGUCCAGGCUUCACAGCACCACAGCAAUACAGAGUCACCAAUUCAAGACAUCUGAAUAAAAUUUACAGUUUUUUAUUAUCUGAGUUGUGUGUUACAAGUGGAAACAAGGUUAACACUAUUUGCUGUAUUGGAGGAUAAAAGGCUACUGUAUAGUACUAAUCUGCAUCCAAGCUGAAUUUUUAUCAUC